AUGAUGGAAUUUCCCACCAAGAUCGAAGGCAUCCUGGCCCAGCUCUCUCUUACCGAGAAAUGCAGUUUACUCUCCGGGAAAAAUAUGUGGGAAACUUUAGAUCUGCCUCGACUGGGCAUCCGCUCCCUUAAGACCACCGACGGGCCGGCCGGAGUCCGAGGUGCGAAAUGGACGGAUGGAUCGUACACGACUUUUGUUCCUUGCGGAAUUUCGCUGGGCGCAACAUUUGACCCCCAGGUUGUUGAACGCAUCGGCACUGUUUUGGGAGCCGAAACUAGAGGCAAAAAGGCUCAUAUUCUCCUCGCGCCCACAAUGAAUCUCAGCCGAUCUCCGUUAGGAGGGCGGAACUUCGAGAACUUUGGAGAAGACCCAUUUCUUACCGGCAUCAUGGCUACGCACUACAUUAAAGGAAUCCAGAGCCAGGGAGUCGGCGCUUGUAUGAAACAUUUUGUCGCGAACGACCAGGAGACCCGGCGAUUCAAUAUGGACGAGCAAAUUGACGAGCGAACCCUGCGUGAAGUGUACCUCAGGCCUUUUCAAAUGGCUCUGAAGGCAGAUCCCUGGGCAGCAAUGACGGCCUAUCCUAAGAUCAAUGGUGAGCAUGCAGACACCAGUCGACACUUGGUGUAUGAGAUACUGCGCAAGGAGUGGGGAUUUGAGAACCUGGUGAUGAGCGAUUGGGGUGGCCUCAACUCGACGAUUGGAAGCAUCAAGGCGACAACCGAUCUCGAGAUGCCCGGACCACCGCUGCGCUAUGGCCUUGCACUGGAAGCUGCUGUGCGUGCGAAUGAAGUUUCAGAGAAGGAGGAUAUCGACCCUUCCUUGCGAAGGCUAUUAGCAACACUUGACCGCGCCGGUCUUGUUUCCCCUGAUAAGACCACGGAAGAUGCUUUGGUGUAUCAUGACACUGAUGUUAGGACAGGUGAAGAAGUCCUUGACAGACCGGAAUUCAGAGCCAUUGCGCGUGAAGCAGCAGUAUCAGGAAUUGUGCUUCUGAAAAAUGAGAACAGCAUUCUUCCCCUGCAGCCAACAAAAAUCAACAAGAUCGCCAUCAUUGGACCAAAUGCAAAGGCACCAACGCCAGGCGGUACAGGCAGUGCGGUCGUGAACCCAUACUACAUUACCACGCCCUUUGAAUCUAUCACUAAGGCCAUCACAACCCUGAAUUCUGAGAUUGACAUACAAUACGAACAAGGGAUUCGUACCCACCUGCACUUGCCUCUGCUUGGGAACAUAAUCACCACCCCAGAUGGGAAGACGCCCGGUGUCCAGGUUAACUUCUACCGUGGCCACGAUUUCGAGGGCGACAUUGUCGCGACAACUUACUGGCAAAAUUCCAUGGUGUAUCUGAUGAGCGAUGGUGACAUCCCUUCCAAUCUUCGCGGAAAGCCAUACUGCUUCCGCGCGCUGGGACUUUUCACUCCCACCGUUAGCGGGCAGUAUGAUUUCAGCCUUUCCAACACCGGGAAGGCCACAUUCUUCGUGAAUAAUGAGUUAUUUAUCGACAACCGGGAAUGGACAAACAUUUGCGCCAAUUUCAUGAAUUGCAGCAGUCCAGACAAGCUUAACUCGAUGCACCUCGAAGCUGGCAUCACGUAUGGUUUCCGCAUCGACAAUGUGGCGGUACCACCACCAACCCGUCCUCAUGAUAACACUUUGUUCCAUCGGAUUGCCGGAGUCAAAGUUGGAAUGCUAAUCCAGACUGAUGAAGAACUCAUGAUGAAAUCAGCGAUUGAUAAGGCCCAGGAGGCAGAUCUGACGAUUGUUAUUGCGGGUCAUAACAAUGACACGGAACGCGAAGGUUGUGAUCGGACGUCUCUUACUCUCCCACGGCGGACUGACGAGCUCAUCGAAAAUAUUUGCCAGAAGAACCCAAACACCGUCGUUGUGACACAAUCCGCAUGCGCGAUUACAAUGCCAUGGGCAGAAAAGGCUCGCGCAAUCGUCCACGCUUGGUACCAGGGACAGGAAAAUGGAAACGCCUUGGCGGAUGUCCUACUAGGCCGUUUCAACCCCUCUGCAAAGCUGCCCAUCACCUUCCCGCAUCAGCUCAAAGACCACGGGUCUUAUUCCUGGUUUCCGGGAGAUGUGGUGAAAGAUCGUGCCGAAUACGGAGAGGGUGUCCUCGUUGGCUACCGCUGGUUUGACAACCAGAAGAUCGAACCACUUUGGCCGUUUGGCUACGGGCUCUCAUAUACCUCUUUUGAGAUCACAGACGUGCAGGUAGAGGGCACUAUUGCAGUAGAUGGCUCGCGAAAUGCAAUACUCAGUGCUUCUGUCACAAAUACUGGGCGAUAUGCGGGCAGCGAAGUCGUUCAGGUCUACAUGUCUUCAUCGCCGCUCAUCAAGGGUGAACAAAGAGUCUCGAGGUCGCUGGAAGGAUUUGAAAAGGUAUUUUUGGUCCCCGGAGAGGCGAAGACAGUUCGCCUUUCUCUCAGUAGCCACGCAGUCAGCUGGUACGAAGUUGAGGGCCGCGAAGGCGGCAGUCCAGCCGGAAAAUGGCGCACAGAUCCAGGUGUCUACCAGUGCUUUGUCGGCUCCAGUUCACGUGAUAUUGUCGCAGAACUUAAAAUUGUGGUGGACUAG